GGAGUAGUGCAAGAAUUGGAUCAAGAAUUGGACAUCUAUUGAUCCGUUCGGUAGUCGGGAACUUCUCGUCGUGGCGAGCGAGCGGGGUUAUAAAGUGAAGCCGGAGAACAGCCGGACCUCCAUCACGACGGCUCCAUCUCCUCCCCGGAUUUUGCACGCAAACGCAGACCUACUCGUGAUGCCGUCUGCGAGCUCAUCAGCCCUGUCGCUCGCCUUCCUGGUGGCCGGCUAUCUGAACGCCCGCUGCACGACAGCCCCGAACCAAACCAGCGUCCUCCAUGGCACUGACCGCGUCCGCUUCUUGACGACAAUCCCAUCGGUACUCUCCACGCACAUAUCCAACCUGGUCGUCUUAUACCAUGCCCUCGUAACGCUCUUCUGGACUUCCUCCCCUUCCGACCACGAGAUCAUCGACCGGCUGUGUCCCUAUCCAGACCACCUCAACGCCCAGCGCGUCACCUGGAACCCUCGUACGGUCGGAUAUCUCUCGGUCCUCGCAGUCGGCGCCUUGAUCCGACUCAGCGCAUACGGCGGACUCGGGCGCAACUUCACGUUCCAGCUCGCGAAACCCGACAGGCUGAUCAUGUCGGGGGUGUACAAGUAUCUACAGCACCCGAGCUACACGGGGCUUGUGCUGGUGCUGCCGAGUUUUGCGGGGCUGGUUGUGAACCGGCUGGAUACGCCAAUCGCGUGUCUCAUCCCGGAGCCAUUAUUGACACUAUUGAGGGACUGGGAGAUUGUGUUGGUGGCGAUAGCAGCCGUGAUGCUAGUCCUCACUUUAACAGUGCGGGUUCGCGAUGAGGAGCGGAUGUUGAGGGAGAAGUUUGGCAGAGAGUGGGAGGAGUGGCAUGCGAAGACGGCGAGGGUCAUCCCGGGGGUGUUUUAAUUCAUAGCAGUGAUUAUCGUUUAAUUGACAAUAAUAUUGAUAUUGAAGCUAGAUGAGCAUAAUUGAUGCAGAUUAACCGUCGGAGUUUGUCCGGUGACGGCUUCACUGCAGCUCCCAACCUCCUCUUCCUCUUCCUUCUCCCACUCCUUUCCUCUCCAUCUCCAUCUCCAUUCCCAUUAUA